AUGAAUAGUGUGUUUAAGUGCAGACAACAUAAUUAAGUGGCUAUCUAUAUAAAUGUGAAACCUCAAGCUAAGGAACCAGUUCUCUUGUGUUAGAGAUGCAUUCUAUCUAAAAAUUACACAGCCAAGUUGCUGGAAGAAUUCUUAUUAUAAGCCUAACCAAUUUUGGGAUAGUAUUUGUCUUAAGACAUCCUUGAUUUUGGUUUCAAUAAAAAGUAAUUCGAAGAUUCAAUAGAGAAAUUAAGAACAUUUUUAUAUGAGACAUUUAAAACGAGGAUUAAUUCAUUCAUAUAAAAAUUAAAAUUUCAAUUUGAAGAGUAAAAAUAAAUACUUCAAUACAUUAAAAAUCAAAUAAUACAUUACUAGAAAUGUGGACAAAAUUAAACAUUUUUAUUGGAUGAUCAAAUCGAAGAUUAAUUAAGAUACUACUUAACAAAUCAAAAAUCUAAAAACCCAAAGCAGAAGUAAAUUGAUUACUUGUAUGGAUAAUUGUGUUCAACUGCCACCUAACCUCCCUUCAUCAAUAUACCACAGAUUCAAGAAGACUUCCAUGAAAUCUUAGAUCAAUUCGAAGACAAGAUUAAAUUGUCUAAAUAAUUAGAGUACCCCAAUUUCAAAAUAACCAUAUUCUCACCAGAAGAAGCUUAAAGUAUAGACAUAGAUGAUUUCAAUAUUUCUAAAACUCUAGUGCUGAAUAACUGCUAUCCACAACUGACCACAUUAACAGAUUCCAUAGAGAAGGUUGAAUUGAUAUUAGAUAAACCAAUUGACUUAAUUGGUUUUAGUAAAUAUUAAUAGUUGAAGGAAUUGUUUAUACGAUUUGACAAAUGCAAUGUAGGAAUCACGAGACAAAUCAUGAUUCCCAACCUUUAGAAGUUGACCCUUGAUUUGAAAGGCAACAAAUUAACUAAAUUUGAUUAAUUAGUCAUUCCAGAUACCAUCGUAGACUUUUCAUUAGAUCUAUCAUUAAAUUGCUUAGAUGAAAACUGCAUUUAUUACAUCGGUAACACUAUUUACUAAUUACUAAGGUUAAACUAUUGAUAAUUUGA